AUGACAGAAAUGAAGAUGGUGGUAGUCAGAGAAGCUCCAUAUGAUGAAGAGAAGAGAGAAGUAAAGGAGUGUGAGAAGUGGGAAAGAAACAGGAGUAAUAUAAAUGGUAAGGUUAGGAGUAAUCUAAAUGACAAUGCUAGCAGUAAUGUAAAUGGUAAUGCUAGGAGUAAUAUAAAUGGUAAGGUUAGGAGCAAUCUAAAUGACAAUGCUAGCAAUAAUGUAAAUGGUAAUGCUAGGAGUAAUAUAAAUGGUAAGGUUAGGAGCAAUCUAAAUGACAAUGCUAGCAGUAAUGUAAAUGGUAAUGCUAGGAGUAAUAUAAAUGGUAAGGUUAGGAGCAAUCUAAAUGACAAUGCUAGCAGUAAUGUAAAUGAUAAUGCUAGGAGUAAUAUAAAUUGUAAGGUUAGGAGCAAUCUAAAUGACAAUGCUAGCAGUAAUGUAAAUGGUAAUGCUAGGAGUAAUAUAAAUGGUAAGGUUAGGAGCAAUCUAAAUGACAAUGCUAGCAGUAAUGUAAAUGGUAAUGCUAGGAGUAAUAUAAAUGGUAAUGCCAGGAGUAAUGUAAAUGGUAAUGCUAGGAGUAAUAUAAAUGGUAAUGCUAGGAGUAAUAUAAAUGGUAAUGCUAGGGGUAAUGUAAAUGGUAAUGCUAGGAGUAAUAUAAAUGGUAAUGCUAGGAGUAAUAUCAAUGGUAAUGCUAGGAGUAAUGUAAAUGGUAAUGAUAACAGUAAUGUAAAUGGUAAUGCUAGGAGUAAUAUAAAUGGUAAUGCUAGGAGUAAUAUAAAUGGUAAUGCUAGGAGUAAUAUAAAUGGUAAUGCUAGGAGUAAUAUAAAUGGUAAUGCUAGGAGUAAUGUAAAUGGUAAUGAUAACAGUAAUGUAAAUGGUAAUGCUAGGAGUAAUAUAAAUGGUAAUGCUAGGAGUAAUGUAAAUGGUAAUGAUAACAGUAAUGUAAAUGGUAAUGCUAGCAGUAAUGUAAAUGGUAAUGCUAGGAGUAAUAUAAAUGGUAAGGUUAGGAGCAAUCUAAAUGACAAUGCUAGCAGUAAUGUAAAUGGUAAUGCUAGGAGUAAUAUAAAUGGUAAUGCUAGGAGUAAUGUAAAUGGUAAUGCUAGGAGUAAUGUAAAUGGUAAUGCUAGGAGUAAUAUAAAUGGUAAGGUUAGGAGUAAUCUAAAUGACAAUGCUAGCAUUAAUGUAAAUGGUAAUGCUAGGAGUAAUAUAAAUGGUAAGGUUAGGAGCAAUCUAAAUGACAAUGCUAGCAGUAAUGUAAAUGUUAAUGCUAGCAGUAAUAUAAAUGGUAAUGCUAGGAGUAAUGUAAAGUUGGAGUAG